UAAGCAGGCGUCCUUAUCAUUGUCAAUAUAGGUUCAGGUCUGGUGCAGUCAGCAACAACACACACACAUCCAUAUAAACACACAUUUCCAAAUCCACGACAUUGUUGAAGUGCAGCCACAAGGACACCAUCAUGCAUUUAGCCAGGACGAGCAGGAUCACCGCCGAAAGAAAGAAAAAGGAGGAGGACGAACAAAAGUGCGAGAGCGAUUCGGAAAGGAAUCGUAUCCUGGACACUAUGCCACGCCACAUGGACAGCUUUUGGCGAACGGACACGUCGGUGCCGCGCAGUAGGAUUUCGGGUAGACAUCUGCUGGGCAGUUCUCUGAGCAACCAGGGUCUGGCCUUUUCGCUGAAGGAGCGGCGAGCGCUCUGCCUCCACGGACUCCUGCCAGUUGCCAUACGAACCAUUGAUGAACAGGUCAAGGCAUGCCAGAUAGCCAUGGAUACUUUUCUAAUAAGUGAAGUUCAAAGAUAUUCGUUUCUCAGCCACUUGAUGCGGACCAAUAGGCGACUUUUCUACAGGAUCCUCCUAAGUGAUCCGGACAAAUACCUUCCCAUGGUGGAUUCCACGCUCAGUGAGCGCCUGGUGAGCUUCCACAGCCUCGUCUUCAACUAUGGCCAGGGUCUGUUCAUCACCGUAAAGGACCUUGGUCAUGUCCACCAGAUGGUGGCCAAUUGGCCGUAUAGAAUGGUUCGAUGCAUCAUGGUUAGCAAUGGGGCAUCGGUUCUUAGUCUCGGCGACUUGGGAGUUAAUAUAAUGCCCAUAUUGUUCUGCAAAAUGCACGAGAACGUGGUCUUCGGUGGGAUAAGUCCGUCCCACUGCUUGAGUGUGUUCCUGGAUAUGGGUUGCAACAAUGAGGAACUGCUGAAUAAUACAACCUAUGCUGGUUUAAGGGAACGCCGAUACCCCCCAGAAAUCUGUGAGCAAUUGUUCGAAGAGUUCACCAUAGCGGUUCUCGGCCAAUACGGAGCCCGAACUUUGAUUUUAACCAAGGACUUCGAAUCCAAGUGCGCCCUGAAGCAGCUGGAGCACUUCCGCGAUCGCUGCUGCCUCGUGGAUGCCGAUUUGCAGUGCCUGGCCGCUUGUGCUGUCUCCGGGGUGAUUGCCUCGAAUCGAUCGGUUCGGGCACCCUUCUUCAAAAACGUGUUCCUCUUCUUCGGGACAGACGCCAUCAAUAUUGGAAUGGCUCGUCUGUGCAUCGCCUUGUUCAAGCGCGAGGGCUACAAUGAUGUGAAGGCUCAUGCGAGAGUCUGGUUCUGCGAUGCAGAUGGCUUGAUUGUGGACGACAGGGUGCACAUUCCGGAGGAACUGGCGGAAUUCUCCCUUCCCGGACCUCAACUGACUUCCUUGGUGGAGAUUAUUGACUUCCUGAAGCCGAAUGUGCUGGUGGGUGGCAGCGGGCUGCCCAAGAGCUUCACCCCCGAUGUUCUGAGGGCAAUGGAGCGCAGUACCCAGCACCCGAUCAUUUUCGCCAUGUCGCGACCCACCUGCCUGUCGGAGUGCUCCGCCGAGGACGCCUUCGCGUACACCAAGGGGCGAUGCACGUUCAUCGCCGGGUCACCGCUGCCGCGUCUCAAGUACGCCAACAAAUGGUACCAGCCAGGCUUCUGCACCACCAAAUAUCUGCUGGCCGGGAUAAGCAGUGGCAUCAUCCUGGCUGGGCUAACAAGCGUUCCGGACGAGCUGUUCUGCGUGGCCGCCGACCGGCUGGCCAGUCUGGUAUGGCCCUGCGACCUAAAAAUGCGGAAUGUCUUCCCGCCCAUGAGGAAGAUCGAAUGCAUCAGCCUUCAGAUUGCUGAGGCCGUGUUCAGCUUCGCCUACCGCCGUGGAUUGGCCACGUUGUGGCCCCAGCCGGAGAACCCUAUGGAGUUUAUUAAAAAGAGUCGUUACGACACUGAGUAUCGGCAGGAAAUCGCCGACGUCUACUGCAUGCAGGACCGACACAUUGAGACUUCGGAAUCGCAGAAUUACUACAAGCUUAACAUUUAGGACCUGUACUUAUCUACCAUGGAACCGUUAUUAAACUACAACUAAACUAGGA